AUGAACCUUGUGAAUGAGAGAUUGAGGCAUUCAAUAGCUUUGCUUCGAAAUACACAGCUGGCUACUGGUUUUGGUUUUGGUGCAUAUUGUGCGGAAUCUGCGUACCCUUUGGCUUUAUUAACCCCAAACAUUGAAAUGGUUACUUGUCCCUUGUAUGUGUGA